GACGACAUUCGUUCCAUUGUUUAGGCAAGCAUCACUCCAUCAUCCGCCAGCGACGGCCAGAUAGACACACGGCUUGCAGCUGCAGCCCAGCCCGGCUCGAUACAGGCGGCCACAACACGACACGACACGACACGACACGACACGACACGACACAACAUCAUCGGGCCACCAUCGGCCACGCUCCUCUCUCCCCCCGGGACUCGACCCGACCGACCGCCACCUCAGCCUCCAGCGAGCCCAUGCCGCCGCGCACCCGAUGACGGCCAGCGGCACACCACGACCGCCAUCGCCAUCGCCGUCAUGAUGACCGCCAGGCAUAGCCUGCCCGAUGGCAGACACAACGGCCCCGGGCGGCCGCCGCUGCCGCACAUCGAGGACCUCGUCGCGAUACCCACCGACAUCGACGCCAACCAGUCGAUCCGCCGCCUCCUCGAGCAGGCCGAGGCCUCGCUGCGCCAGUCGGAGAUGAGCCGCGACUUCAACCGCCCGGGGCUCGCCCUCAAGGACUACAUCCGCGCCUCCAUCAUCGCCGUCCAGGUCGUCUCCAACCACAAGGACUACCCGGCCAUGCGCGGCGGCGACGUGGCCCGCGCCCACAACGCCCUCCUCAAGCGCAUCGCCUCCCAGAGCGACACCUACGAGCAGAUCAAGCGCGACAUCAUCCAGGACAACCGCCGCACCGGCGUCCGCCCGACCGUCCCCCGCGCCGUCGCUAACGGCGCCCCUAGGGAGGACGCUGUCGAGUCGAGGAAGAAGCCGCCCGUCCACCCAAAGCCCCAGGCCCUCCACGGCAACGCCCUACGCUCGUCCAUCGACGCCGACCUCGCCGCCCGCUUCGCCAACCUCCGCGGGCCCCAGCCCUCGCCUGGCCAGGAUCCGCGCAUCAAGACGUACCCCAUCCCCGCCCAGCGCCCGACAGGUCCGCGCGAGAUGCCCGGCAACCUCAACCUCGACACCGACGCCCUGCCUAAGCUGCCCGAUGCCAUAUACAGCCCCGCGCGGGGGAGCGUCUCGGGCGAAGCUGCGCGGCUGCCCACAAGCACGCCCCGGGGGCUCUUCAGCCGGACAGGGUCCGUGUCGUCGCAGAGUGAUUACUUUCCCCCAACGAGGCCCGACGCCGAUGCCGCGUCGGAGCCGCCGCCCGACUCCAGACAUGAACCAUCGAAACCCCGGCCUCCCUCGCACCCGCCGCCGCCGAGACCAGCACAGCCGUCGAGGCCGGAGUCGGCGCCGCCCAGGGCAGAAGUGGUAAACCUCCCGCCCGGCGACGACAUCACCCCCCAGCAGCUGUAUGAGACGAUGCGCAAGGCGUCCAUCCUACUCAUCGACGUGCGCUCCCGCGAGGACUUUGACGAGGGUCACAUCAUGGCGCAGUCGAUUGUGUGCGUCGAGCCGAGCAUCCUGCUGCGCGACAACAUCUCGGCCGACGAGAUAUCUGAGAGCAUGGUGCUGUCGCCACGGCAGGACCAGCCGCUGUUUGAGCAGCGCGAUGUCUAUGACUUGGUCGUCUUCUACGACCAGAGCUCCGACCACGUCACGCAGACGCCCAAGAACUCGGACCAGAUUGUCGUGCUCUCGCUGCACCGCGCGCUGGUGCACCUCAACUACGGCCGCGAGCUGCGGCGGCCACCGCGGAUCCUCCGGGGCGGGUUGGACGCCUGGGUCGACCUCAUGGGCCCGCGAUCGCUGCAGGCGACGGACCCGGACCGGGCGCGCGCCAGCAAGCGCAACGGCAUCAUCCAGCGGCGAGGAUCCAAGUACAUUAUUCGGCCGCUGCAGCCAGCCGACGUGCGGGCGUGGCAGAACACGCUUGAAAAGGAGGCGCAGCACACCGCGACGCGACCCAGCUUCCCGCGGACGGGUGACGAGUUUCUACGCUCGCGGCCGGCGGAGCGGCAGUCUAUGAUGCGACCGCCAGUCCCUGCUGCGCCGCAUCGCUUCGAGCAGCUGCCAGCGCCCCCCGCCAAGCCGCGGGCGGCGGUCCAGAAGCCGACACACAGCGGAUUGGCGUCGUCCGAGGAGGAGCCCGUCCGGCCCUCGCGCGGCGGCAAGCCCGACGGCAUCGCGCGGACGCCGACGGGUCUCUAUAACCCGCGCAACUGGUGCUACGCCAACAGUACGCUGCAGGCGUUGCUGGCGUCGCCCGAGUUCUCGCGGCAACUGGCCGACUCGGAGUGGAUGCAAGCCAAGGUGCCGCGCAAGGAGGGCGAGAAGAUUGAGCCGCCGCAGCUCAUGAUCCGCAUUAUCUCCAACCUCUUCCACUGGAUGAGCACGGGCAAGUUUGAGACGAUGAAGGCCCAGACGCUCAUGGACUACUCGCGCCAUCUGUGCAAGACGACGGACGAGAACGCGCAGUUUGGCGGGCACCAGCAGCAGGACGCGCAAGAAUUCAUGUCGUUUGUCAUGGACCAGCUGCACGACGAGACCAACCUAGCGCGCGACCGCGGCGGGCACGUGGAGCAGCCGAGCACGCGCGGGCGGACAGUGCUGCAGGCGGCAGCGGCAUACUGGGAGUGCCACACGCGCCUCAACCGGUCGCUCGUGGAUCAGUACUGGCGAGGGCUCGACGUGGGUACGGUACGGUGCCUCGAGUGCGGCACCAGCACGCACACGUUCUCCCCCUUUUCGUGGAUCUCGGUGCCCGUGGGCGCGGAAAACGCAACGCUCGCCGACGUCAUGGCGCGCUGGGCCGGCAGCAACGCGCUCGACAACUACACGUGCGAACACUGCGGGCGGGCGACGCGGGCGACGCAGUCGACGUCGCUGGCGCGCAUGCCGCCGCUCUUUUGCCUGGGGCUGCGGCGCUUCGACGUCAACGCCCAGGGCGGGCUGAGCAAGUCGUACGCGGCCAUCUCGUGGGACUUUAACGACUUUGACUUUACCCCGUACUUUGUCGACGCGAGCGGCGGUAGCAGCGGCGGCGGCAGCCGGAGCAGUAGCAACGUCAACGGCAACGGCAACGGCGUCGUCGCGGCGGCAUGGACGACGCUGGACCGCGCGUUGCGGGCGCCCUUCCGGUACGAGUGCUACGCCGUCAUCUGCCACGCGGGCAAGGGCAUCGAGACGGGCCACUACAAGGCGUACGUGCGGGACGCGAGCACUCACGACCCCUACGCGUGGUACCUAUGCAACGACUCGUCGGUGAGCAAGGUGCGCAUCGGGAGCGGCGACGCGGCCGACGCGGCCCGCCAGGUGUUUUCCGAUGGCCAGGGGACGGUGCCGUACCUGGUGUUUUUCCGGCGCAAGGAGGCUAACUAACUAGCUAACCGACUGACUAACUGACUUUUGACAAUGGAAGAGGGGGGGAGGGGAGGCUACAGAGAUGAGAGGGGACAAAGGACAGAGUGAGGGAGGCAGGCAGGCACUGGAACAGGGAACAACAUGGCACGCACGGCAUUCGCAAGGCAUAGCGAGCGGGAGCAUUCACUACCUUACUCUACUACUACUACACGCGGGGGAGGGGAGGGGGGGC